CAAACCUUGAAAACUUCGACAUUUUCUGCUCAUGCUAACUCCUGUAUUGUCUUUCUAUAUCUGUAAUCCUUCCCAUAAUUUCAUCCUGAGAGAACAUCCUUCUACAUUUAAUUGGAGACCUAGUUAGUACAUCAUGGCCUCUCAAACGGAGUCGGCUCAGCUUGUAGAGAGCUGCGUCAAGCUUUUCCAGGCACUUUCUGCCGACUCUUCCUUCGGCCAGCUCCAAACGCUUGUCGUGGAAAACGAACGCCUCAGAACCAAGACAUCCGGCCUCCAGACCGCGUACGACGUGAAUCUUCAGACCCUGACGGGCCUCCAGAGUGAAGUGGCGGUGGAACGCGGACGGACAACAGCGAAGGCUUCCCAGCUCGCAGCCACCAACAACACUGUGGCCGAAUUGAAGAAGAACAUUGAAGAGAUCGAGGCUACGUUGAAAGAUAAAGAGAAACGGCUUAACGUAAGUGCGGAAUUGAUGACGAAAAUGCAAGGGGAUUUCAAGAAAAAUGAACGUGAAACCCAACAGUUGAAAAAGACUCUCAAAGACGUUCAGUCGGAAAUUGAGAAAGCGAAGCAAGACGAGCGCGAGGCUCGACAACAGCUGAAUGCGGCGCAAGCGGAGCUAGAUAAGAGGGAGGCCCGGUUGAGAAAACUGGACAGUUUCGCAGUAAAGCUCGAACCAGAGCCCUCUGUUGCCACUCUGAAUCAAUUGGGUGCGAUAUUCAAAGAUUCGUUCUCAUUAAUGCGCAACUACCUGGGAGUCGACCUGGCAAACGAUGUGUUGAGCGAUUCCUCUAUGUGGGACAAGAUACGCAACAACAUGGCGGUCAAGCGAGCCAUUCCUGUCCCUUCGACGAACUCGUCUGAUGCCAAAAAGAUGCGAGUUGCUGCCUCCUUGGCUAUUCUCGCUUUUGCGUUGGAGGAACACGUCUUCCAGCCGACCUACUUGUUGGGCGAUAACGAACUGCCAAAACUGCUGUACGAGCUAUCAACUUCAGACUUUGAAAAGGAGGCGCACCUUCGUUCGGUCCUCUUGACGCUGUCCCCUUCCAAGCAUAAGGCCCAUGCUUCGGAACGAGCAAAGAAAGCCAGCAAUUGUCUGCUCAGCUACAUGAGCCCCUUGCUGCCGGCGAGCAAGCAGAAUGGGUUCGCCUCGGCCCUUGAGAAAAUCUGUCAGGACGCGAGCCAUUGUUGGGGGCGCGUACAACGGUUGGCCGACCGAGUGGAGCUGAUUAUGAGCUACGACAUUGUUCCCGACAAGGACACCUGGAAGCUGAUGGAGUUUCCGGGAAUGGACGGCCAGCCGUCGAAGGCCCAAGGAGCCCCUCCGCCUGGCGGCAAGAAAAACGGCGCAAAGCCCAAAACGGAGGCGUCCGGAUCCAGUUCGGGGGCAGUCGAAAACUUUGAGGCCGUUGUGUGGCCCACCUUCGUCUUGUUCGACGAGAACGACGCUCAAGAGACUCUACACGAAGGUCUAGCGCUGAAUAAGUUACAGGUCAAAGACGCCCAGGAAGAGGAGAAAUUGGGGUUCAGGGCCGGGCACAGACGGAUGACGAGGCAAGAUUCGCGGAGGCAAAGCAUCCAAAACGGGACCGAUGCGGCAACGAAGAAGGAUUUUUUAUCCGCAGGAGCUGGCGGGUCAUCAGGAGGCAACUGAUGCCGUCGUUGUGACUGUGCGUGUGUUUGGUGAGAUAUGAUCGAUUAUGUUGUUCGUUAAGCGUUGCGUGAUUAUGGGUAAGGGGGGUGGACGUUAGUUCUUCGUAUCGUAAUACCACUAUUGUAAACAGAUCCAGCUCUGAUAGUGACGGCC